AUGCCCUAUAAUACCCGUCGCAAGUCAUUAUCUCUCCCAUCUCUAGGCAUCCACCUCCCCAACUCAUCUCGUCGCUCUCCCUCCAUUUCAAAAGUAUCUGGUCCAGCUUCGCAUGAAGAUGCGCAUCCUACAAAAAAAUUGAAGCGCUCCCACACUUCUUCAUCGCCCGAGCCUUCAAGGAGGGAGUCUGCUGUGCGCGCUGGUCGACACGGGGUCUUCGAACACACCCCACCACCAUCGCCGCUAGAUGCUGGUGUUACGCCUAAGAUUGACACGGAGGGUAUUAAUGAUGACAUUGUGGUGGCGGUGAUCGACCAGCUGGAGAAGACUGGAAACCGCCCCCAUCUAGUGAAGGAGCUGGCCGCAGUUUUGGUUACCCUAAACGUUACCGUCGCAAAUUCCGCAAAUCCUGCCGCCCUCUUAUCAUCCAGGUUGGCUGCUUACAUGAAGCGCUCAUGGACAGCUCUUGCGCCGUGCCCGAUGGCCAAGGAGCUUGUGCUUAUUCACCCCCGCAAAGUCUACUAUUACUUGACGACUUACCCUCGUCAACCUAUUCCGGAACCCUCGGAUGAAUUCCUUCUUGUCGCCCAUAUCACCCCAAGCGUCUCAAGUCUUGACCAAGACGAACGUGACCUGAUGGCGCGCGAUCGGAGCCCUAGUCCAGAGGUGGACCUGUCUUCGCUUAACUACGAGGAAGAUGUCGAUCUUAAUGGUUCCGCUGGCCGGGGGACUCCUUCCGACCAGUUUCCAGAUCCUUCUAGCCAUACGCGCUUGAUGCACUCACACCGUGCUGCUUCGCCGCCUCUGGAGGGUGACGAGAAGGAAUUCACUCAGACCGCUAGUGCUGUGCGCGAGCGCGCUUCAGAGGAAAAGGCCAGUCGUGAUCUGUCCGGCCGGAGCAUUUCUGUUCUCUCUGAGGGCCUCAGCUCUAUGGACGAGGACAUGGCUGAUUCCAUGGUGAAGGGUAGAUCAAUCUCACCAUCUAUCCAAGGAGAUCGCAUGUCUGAAGUAGAAUUCAGCGAUUACUUCUCCCACUUGAAUUCUGUGGAUCAAGGAGCCCACGAUUUGGAUGAGGCUGCAGCGGCAACCCUCUUCGGCACUUCCCCUUCUCCAUCCCUCACUUCCGUCGCGUCGUCAGUCUCGUCUGGUACGAGCGAUAUUAUCGAUGCUGUGAGUAAGAGAGGCGACAUGUUACCUCCCACUCCUCAGAUCAGCCUUCCCGAUGUCGCUCCUGUCUCGACUCUCAAGCGCUCCCUCGACAUGUUGAAUAGCGGUUUUGAUGUGGAUUUCAAAAUGUCUGAUCUUACCGAGUCCCACGAGAAGCUUAGUUUGGAACCUCGGGCCAUGGUUCCCAUGGAUACAGAGUCUAUAUUCGACUCGUGGAGAGAGUUGCAGAAUCCAGAAACUGUCGAGGUAGAUGAACUUGACGAGAUGUUUGGCGAAAUCUAA